AGCCUGCAGAAUUGCAAUCGUGCUUCUCGUCUUCCUCGGCAGCUGAGCCGUAUCUCCGCUCGAUAGCUCCGAAGCGAAGAAGUCUUCAAACUCUAAUGGAUCCAAAGAUAUAGCUGACCUCCUGAAUAAUUAUCUUCAUCAUCAAAUUCCUUUCUCUCGCCAUUUUCUCUGUUCCCCUCUUCGCAUAUCACUCUCUCUCUCCGACCCGUUACUCUAAUCCCAUGUCAUCGAUUCUCUUCUUUCCACCGGCGAUCUAUACGGUCGCGGUGAAGUUAGGGUUUAAUGAUUCUCGCGGCCGGCGAUUCUGGAGUGCCCGCGCGGGGGGAGUUUCCAAGCGGUGGUGUCUGGGGAUGCGGUCGAUCCGGGCCGACACAGCGGCUGAGAGGUUCGGGAGACGGAAUGGGGGGCAAUUUGGACCUACUGGCGAGUGCGAUUGCGACAUUCCGGGGAGAAACUCUCCCACACUUUCAAAUGUGGGGAAUUCAACGAAUAUCGCAUGGCACGAAUGUCCUGUCGGAAAACUCGAAAGGCAGAGUUUACUCAAUCAGAGAGGAUGUGUGAUUUGGAUCACAGGUCUCAGUGGCUCAGGCAAAAGCACAUUGGCCUGCACCCUCAGUCGAGAACUACACGCCCUCAGUUAUCUUUCUUAUGUGCUUGAUGGCGACAACCUAAGACAUGGUUUGAACAAAGAUCUUUGUUUCAAAGCUGAGGACCGCGCCGAAAAUAUACGCAGAAUCGGUGAGGUAGCAAAACUCUUUGCUGAUGCUGGUGUCAUAUGCAUUGCUAGUUUAAUAUCUCCCUACAGAAGAGACCGGGAUGCAUGCCGGGCGAUGUUGCCUGACUCUACCUUUAUUGAGGUUUACAUGGAUAUAUCAUUGGAGGUCUGUGAAUCGAGGGAUGCGAAGGGAUUGUACAAGCUUGCCCGAGAAGGAAAAAUAAAAGGUUUUACUGGUGUUGAUGAUGCUUAUGAGCCGCCUCUUAACUGUGAGAUAGUCAUAGCACCAAGAGAUGGAGUAUGUCCUGCUCCAGCCACCAUGGCAAAGCAAGUGAUUUCAUAUCUUCAUGACAAGGGAUUUCUGAAGGCUUAAAUUCUUGGGUUUUUGUGUCAACAGCUCGUUGACUCAAUUGACAUCUGUUACCACUUAAUAAUGAAUAAAGAAAAUAAAAAAAGAUAAUAAUAUUAAAAUAAAAAUUUGUGGAAUAUUUGCACAAAUAGCCCCUCUCUUUCAGUAAUUGCUGCAGAUACAAAUUGUAUAUGAUUAUUAGGAUAUUGCAGAAAAUUCCUUUUUUUUUCCUUGAAGUUUAAGAUUAGAUAAAGAUUGUUGUAUGCAAUUCAAUGUAUAAAACUUAGAAGUACAAAUUAAAGGGUGUGCUGCUUCAUGUAAAUCUUGUAUUAUUAAUUGAAAUUGCCAUUUGUGAUUUGUAAUUUCCGCAAAAACAUGAGGCUUUUAUG